UCUUGCUAGUCGAAUAUUUUUGAGUGAAUAGCUAAACUUACUGCUGUUUCUCUAAAGGCUUGCAAGACCGAACUUUUUUCGGUGUUGCAAAGUCUGAAGUGGGAAAUCUUGAAUUUACGUUUUCAGUGGUCGCUGGAUAGUCAACACUAGGCAGUAUAAUAGUUAACCUAAUUUAGAUUACGCGGUAGCAAGCUAGCCUGUCUGUAUUGCGCAGCCAUGCCGCCCGGGCCUGUACAAAUCGUUCAACCGGAGUCCAAGCCAGAGGAACCAAAGGAGGAAACUCCCGCCACCAAACCCAUCGUUGGAAUAAUCUAUCCGCCUCCUGAGGUCCGGAACAUCGUUGACAAGACAGCGAGUUUCGUGGCCAGGAAUGGACCAGAGUUUGAAGCUAGGAUUCGACAGAACGAGAUCAACAACCCCAAAUUCAACUUUCUGAACCCCACCGAUCCAUACCAUGCCUAUUACCGCCACAAGGUCAAUGAGUUCAAAGAGGGCAAGGCGCAGGAGCCAUCGGCAGCUGUUCCGAAGGUCAUGCAGCAGCAGGCCAUGCAGCAAGCCCAACAGCAGCUACCACAGAAGGUCCAGGCCCAGGUGAUCCAAGAGACCGUUGUACCCAAGGAGCCCCCACCGGAGUUCGAGUUCAUCGCCGACCCUCCCUCCAUCUCGGCGUUUGACCUGGAUGUGGUGAAGCUGACGGCUCAGUUUGUGGCUCGUAAUGGGCGGCAGUUCCUGACGCAGCUCAUGCAGAAGGAACAGAGGAACUACCAGUUCGAUUUCCUGCGCCCGCAGCACAGCCUCUUCAACUACUUCACCAAACUCGUGGAGCAGUACACCAAGGUUCUGAUCCCACCUAAAGGACUUCUGCAAAAACUAAAAAAAGAGGCAGAGAACCCACGCGAGGUUCUUGAUCAGGUGAGGUACCGGGUGGAGUGGGCUAAAUUCCAGGAGCGGGAGAGGAAGAAAGAGGAGGAGGAACGAGAAAAAGAGAGGGUUGCUUAUGCUCAGAUUGAUUGGCACGACUUUGUUGUCGUGGAAACCGUAGACUUCCAGCCCAAUGAGCAAGGUCACUUCCCUCCUCCUACCACGCCCGAGGAGCUGGGCGCACGAAUCCUGAUCCAGGAACGUUAUGAGAAGUUUGGAGAGAGCGAGGAGGUAGAGAUGGAGGUGGAAAGUGAGGAUGAGGAGGAUGAAAGGGAGGUCCGAGACGAAGGUCACGCGGCUCAGCCUGACCAGGACACACAGCUCCAAGACAUGGACGAGGGCUCUGAUGAAGAGGAUGACGGGAUGAAGGCUCCACUGCCACCUGACAACCCUAUGCCCCCACCUCUGCCUCCAACUCCAGACCAGGUCAUCAUCCGCAAGGAUUAUGACCCCAAGGCCUCUAAGCCGCAGCUCCCUGUGGCCGCCCCCGACGAGUAUCUCAUCUCCCCCAUUACCGGGGAGAAGAUCCCAGCCAGCAAGAUGCAGGAGCACAUGCGCAUUGGCCUGCUGGAUCCACGCUGGCUGGAGCAGAGAGACCGCAGCAUCCGCGAGCGACAGAUCGAAGAGGAAGUGUACGCGCCCGGCCUCGACAUCGAGAGCAGCCUGAAACAGCUGGCAGAAAGGCGUACCGAUAUCUUCGGCGUGGAGGAGACGGCCAUCGGUAAAAAGAUCGGAGAAGAGGAGAUCCAGAAACCGGAAGAGAAGGUGACAUGGGACGGUCACUCUGGCAGCAUGGCACGCACGCAGCAGGCAGCCCAGGCGAACAUCACUCUGCAGGAGCAGAUCGAAGCCAUCCACAAAGCCAAAGGCCUGGUACAGGAGGACGAUACCAAGGAGAAGAUUGGCCCCAGCAAGCCCAAUGAGCUGCCUCAGCCACCCAUGCCCUCCUCUGCCCCUAGUCUGCCCAAACCCACCCCACCGGUCAGCACCGCUCCCAGACCACCGCCCACCAUGCCUCCUCCAGUGCGUACCACUCUGCUGUCUGCAGUGCCAGUGAUCCCGCGGCCUCCCAUGGCACCUGUGGUGCGUUUGUCUCCUGGGCAAGUCCUCACGCCUGUGCCACCCAUGCUGCACGCCCCUCGCAUCAACGUCGUGCCGAUGCCACCCUCCGCCCCCCACAUUAUGGCACCCAGACCUCCACCUAUGGUCGUUCCUGCAGCAUUUGUGCCCACACCACCAGUGCCUCAGCCCCCCAGCUCCGCUCCCGCCCCCGUGCCGCCAGCCCACCCUCCGCCUCCGUCCGAUGAUGAACCUGUGAGCAAGAAGAUGAAGACAGAGGACAACCUCAUCCCAGAAGAGGAGUUCUUACGCAGGAACAAGGGCCCAGUGGCAGUGAAGGUGCAGGUGCCCAAUAUGCAAGACAAGACGGAAUGGAAGCUGAGCGGACAAGUACUCAACUUCACCAUGCCACUCACGGAUCAGGUAUCUGUCAUAAAGGUUAAGAUUCAUGAAUCUACGGGCAUGCCAGCUGGCAAACAGAAACUCCAGUAUGAGGGUAUUUUCAUCAAAGACUCAAACUCUCUGGCCUAUUACAACAUGAACAAUGGUGCAGUCAUUCACUUGGCCCUGAAAGAGAGAGGAGGAAGGAAGAAAUGAUAUGUGUUCUCCUUCCAGUACUUUCUUUGCAGUCAAAGACCCUCCAUCCAGUGUCCUGGGUCAUUAUUCUAUUCUGUCUUCACCAGUGUUUCACAGUCCUGUUCCUAAAGGGCCCACAGCAUUGUGCAUUUUACAUCUCUCCUUGCUCAAACACACCUGAUUCAACAUAUCAGCUACUUAUAAAACCUUUGGGUGGCUGAAAUGGGAGUGUUAAUGCACGGAGAGAAGUGAAAUGUAGGUUGGGGGAGCAUGAUUAGGAAACACUGAUCUAUAAAAAAUUGUUGGUAGUGAGGGCGCUUGAGGAAAAUAAUAGUUGUGAAUCAUACACAUUUGAUUCUGUGUAACACCACAUUGAAAAUAGUUUGUCAGAAUAUUGAAAGAAUAUUGAAUCGCUAAUCUGUGCUUUGACUUUUAGCAUGGUUUUCCUUCUUUGCCGUUUGUUUCUAGGAUAAGCCGGCUUUUAAAUGUAAGCCGUUAAUUUUUAAGUUGCUUUUCACUGAACGAUGUUUAUUGUGCUUGAGUCAGUUUGUGUACGGUCACUCUUGUAUCAACAGUGAACAUCUUCCUCUUAAAAAUAAA